AUGUCUAUGAACUCAUAUACCAUAGUGUUUCUACUUUUUGUGCUAUGUUCUGGUGCAGCUGCCUAUGACGCAUUGGAUCCAAAUGGAAAUAUAACAAUCAAAUGGGAUGUGAUGUCUUGGACCCCUGAUGGUUAUGUGGCAGUAGUGACAAUGAACAAUUUCCAAAUAUAUCGUCCAAUAACGAGCCCUGGAUGGACAUUAGGAUGGACGUGGGCGAAGAAUGAGGUGAUUUGGUCCAUGUUUGGAGCAAAAGCUAAUGAAAAAGGAAAUUGUUCAAUGUUUAGAGGCAAUAUUCCUCACAGUUGUAAGAGAAAUCCUGCAACUGUUGACUUGCUGCCAAAUGCCCCUUAUAACCAGCAAAUUGCUAACUGCUGUAAGGGCGGCGCUUUAGAAUCGAUGGGAAAAGACUCUUCUGCUGCUCUCUCUGCAUUUCAGAUAGCUGUAGGCGCUGCUGGGACUACAAACAAAACAGUGAAACUUCCUAAAAAUUUCACUUUCAUCGCUCCAGGUGGUGGCUAUACUUGUGGUCCUGCUAAAAUCAUCCGUCCCACUCCUUUCAUAACAGCUGACGGUCGACGAAUGACACAGGCUAUGAUGACAUGGAGAGUGGUUUGCACUUACUCUCAGUUCUUAGCAUCCCCGAAACCGACAUGUUGCGUCUCCUUGUCUUCUUUUCACAAUGCAAGUAUCACCCCUUGUCCUUCGUGUUCUUGUGGCUGCCGUAACAGUAGCAACUGCGUCACGAAGGGAGUAAAGAAGCCAGUGCUGCAAUGCACAAAACACAUGUGCCCUGUCAAUGUGCAUUGGCAUGUUAAAUCAAACUACAACAAGUAUUGGAGUGUGAAGAUGACCAUCACAAACUUCAACUACCGAUUCAACUAUACACAAUGGACACUCGUCGUUCAACAUCCAAACCUCAACAAAGCGACUCAAGUUUCCAGCUUUUUAUACAAGCCUCUCAUGCCCAAUUUAUCAACCAAUGAUACAGCCUUGUUUUAUGGGAGAAAGUCAUAUAAUGAUGUCCUGAUGCAAGCUGGACCAAAAGGAAAUGUCCACUCAGAUCUAACACUUCAGAAGGACAGAAAAACACUUGCACUGAAGAAAGGUUGGGCUUUCCCUCGGAGGGUCUACUUCAACGGCAAUCCUUGUGUGAUGCCGUCUCCUGAAUCUUACCCAUAUCUUCCAUAUUCUGCCGGCACCAGAUAAAGAGCAUUGUCCAACUCUGGUUGUUCUGUUUCUCUUGAUAUUCCUAGCUGAUGGUUGUAACUAGUGAUAAGUAUUCACUAUUCAAGAACAUAAAUGUACUAAUGAGUAUUACAAUGCACUUGACAAUAUCCAAAACUAGUGAAGUCUUUUAUGAAAAAUAAGGUUCUUAACCA